CGACAGCGUUGCAUGUGACCCACGAGGGCGUGGGCUCCCCCACGGUUGCGCCAACGAAAGGGGAAGCCCACGUGGUCCCACGACCCGCGUCUGCAUCGCUUCCGCUGUUCCCCUCUUUCUUUAUACUCCGUGCUCCUCUUCCUUCGUAAUCGCCGACCAAAAUGGCUUUAUGAUUCACUUACGAUUUGGGUUCUUCUGGGCGGUGUCUUUGUCAGAUGAUGCGUUGCUGAAAGUUACGGGCAACAUUCGACGACAGAAAGCCACACCUGUCAGUCCAAAGUUUGAAGAUGACAAACUGAGAUCUUGAGAAUUUGUCCAUUCUGAGCAGAAGAUGAGCGUCAAUGGAGCAAUCACUUUCUCAGGCAACCAAUUGUGAGCUCCUGGAAGUCUUCUACCUUCGCAGAAUCUGUUCUUUUCUUGGAGACCUGGAUUUACUGAACUCCCCCCUUUACCUGGCAAGUUCCACAAAGCAGAAGUAUAUCUUAUUCUUCCUGAGCUUCAGCAGUCUCUCUUCUCUCCGUUCAUCCAUUCCUGAACCUCGCUUCCCCCAAAACAUCAAGGCCAAGUAAGGGAACAGAGAGAGCUAAGCAAUAAAGACUCUACCUUUGGAGGAGAAGAGCAGAGAAGGCAGCGAGACGGAGUGUCAUCAUCGGUAAUAAGAGAGAGAUGAUGCGAGGUACCAACACCCUGAUAGGGGCUGUGAACUUCGUGACGUUCCUGAUAUCGAUUCCUAUCCUGGCUGGCGGCAUAUGGCUGAGCGCCAAGGCCAACUCCACCGACUGCCUCCGCUUCCUCCAGUGGCCGCUCAUCAUCAUCGGCGUCGCCAUCAUGGUCAUCUCUCUCAUGGGCUUCGCCGGAGCUUGCUACCGCCUCGCGUGGCUGCUCCGCCUUUACCUUUUCGCCAUGUUCUUCGUCGUCACCGCGCUCCUUGGCUUCGUUGUCUUCGCCUUCGCUGUCACCGACCGUGGACAGGGCCAGGUCGUUAUGAACCGCGCCUUCCUCGAGUACCAGCUCUCGGACUACUCCGGCUGGCUCAAGGACCGCGUCUCCGACCCCGGGUACUGGGCCAAGAUCAGCGCCUGCCUCCGCGAAGGACAUGCAUGCUCCAAGAUGACGAGAUACUCCCGAGAUCCCACCACAGGGCUGCUGGUACCUGAGUCUCCGGAUAUGUUUUACCGGAGGAAUCUCUCCCCCAUCGAGUCUGGGUGUUGUAAGCCUCCAACAUCAUGCGGCUAUACAUACAUAAAUGAGACAUUCUGGGCUGCGGGGGCAGGGAUGGUUGUGAAUGACAUGGACUGCACCAGAUGGAGCAAUGAUCAGCAGUCGCUGUGCUACCAGUGUGACUCGUGUAAGGCUGGGGUUCUUGCAAGCAUCAGGCAUAGCUGGAGAAAGGUCUCCGUGAUUAACAUUGUUGUGCUCAUAAUCCUUGUCAUUGUCUAUGUGAUUGGCUGUGCCGCAUUCAGAAAUGCAAAAAGGGCAGACAAUGAUGAGCCCUUUGGAGAGAACAGGAUGUCUAAAUCUAGGCCUAGCCGGUUCCAGUUUUAGACAGGUAUGUAGAUCAGUGCUGUUAUGUACAAUAGAGACAUUUUGGAUGCUUGAAGGUUUGAUUAAACUUUUAAAAAGUUCAUAUUUGUAGCACAGCGGAAAGGCUUCAUCAAAUUUCAACUGGCUGCGUUUCCCAUGUAGUAAUAGUUCAAUUUGUCUCAGUUUACUUUUGUAUGCUACACAGUCCUCAGUCAACCGCACUUCAAAUGUUGUGUGCAAUCUUCAAUAUUCUGUUGCUUGUGUCAAACUUUGUAUACCUGGAAAAUGCUUCAUUAGUUUGUAUGAUCUGCAUAUUUAACUUCACUAAGAAGCCAGUGAAGUUUGCGGGACUUGUUAUAGUUUUCUUCUAAACUUGGACAUCGAAUGUUAUCAAAUCGCCAAAUCCAACGUCCAUACUAGUUGUGUUGGUAUAGAAGAUUGCUCGAAUUGAUCUCAUUUUUGAAUUUUUUCAUGUUUGACGAAAUUGUUCUUCUUGUUAUUUUGAUGCAUAAUUCC